AUGUAUGAUACAAUUGUUCAUACAAUGAUACCACCUUGUGUUCUAUUCAUUUUCAAUAUAUUAGUGAUUGGUAGUGCUGCUAGACAAAAACAUAAAGUAUCACCAUCAAUAUCGGUAUCGAAUACACUGAAAAAAAAUCGACGAAUGAUUUUACAAUUAUUAGCUAUAAGUUUAAUGUCUUUCAUUACUUGGACACAUUGGGUUGUUGUAAUUUUAGUACACAAUUUUUAUGAUCCAUCAUUUGCUGAACAGUUCAUUACCAUAGCUGUUCAUUAUCUGUUAUAUUUUACAAGUUUUGGAUCACCAUUUGUAGCACUGAUAGGACUCUCUGAGAUUCGUAAAGAAUUUAAAAAGUUAGUCAGAGAACUAAGAACUACUCUACACGUAAUCGGUAUCACUAAGGUACGAAAAGCCAGCAAUAUGAACACUGCUAAUGGUCAGCGACUCGUUGAUUGA